AUGGCUACCAAAGCAGCAUACAAGCGACUAACAAAGGAAUAUAUUGCUUUUCAAAAGAAUCCACCUCCAUAUUUGACAGCAAAGCCCUUGGAUAGCAACAUACUCGAAUGGCACUAUGUGAUUCGUGGACCUCAAGAUACCCCUUAUCAUAAUGGCGAAUAUCAUGGUGUCUUAACAUUCCCAUCAGAGUAUCCUUAUAAACCACCAGCUAUUCGAAUGACGACACCAUCAGGUCGAUUUCAACCAGAUGCUCGAUUGUGUUUAUCAAUGUCAGAUUUUCAUCCUAGCACCUGGAAUCCUGGUUGGAGUGUUUCGACGAUAUUAAAUGGAUUAUUAAGCUUUAUGUGUAGCAAUGAGGCUACAACAGGCAGUAUCAAGACAACUGAUGCCGAUAAAAAAAUAUACGCUGGACGAUCACAUCAAUAUAAUUUAAAUAAUCCCAAAUUUAAAGAGGUCUUUCCUGAACUAUGCAUACCGGAAGCUGUUCCCGUUGAAGUUCUUUAUCCUCUUAAUCAACCAACUUCAAAUAAUUCACCCAUUUCCAACACCACCAUCAAAUCAUCCAAAGUAAAUUCGAGAUCAGAUGCAUUGAAACCAAAUCAAUCAAACGCCUCUCCCACAAUUCAACGAAGAGACACGGCCCAACAAUUACAACCGCGUGUCAAUUCAUUAGGGAGUAUAGGUGGUGAAAAUCCCUCAGUCCCGGCGCAACGUAUUUUUGAUCAAUGGCGCAAGUGGUCGAUAUUUUUGCUUUUAUGUCUCUAUCUAGUUGUUACAAAAUUGCUAGCUAGAAGUUCUGAAGCGGUUUCAGGGAGCGCUGCUGGUGGUCAAGGCGGUAUUUAA